CUGUCAACUUACAAUUUCCCAUUUCCAUCAUAGGGAGAAAGAGAUUAGGGUUUGUGUUUUCUUAUUUAUUAUUCAACCCUAAUCCCAAAACCGUCCCCUCCUAAUUAAAUUUGUUCAAUUCCAUUCCUAUCAAUGGCUGCUGCUUUUGCGUCGCCUUCAGUUUGCAUAAACGAGACAUUAACUGACGACGAGCUGAGAUCGAUACUGACAAGGCUGGAAAGUGAUAAGGAUAAGGAAGUGUUCGGUCUGGUCUGCAAGAGAUGGCUGCAUCUGCAGAGUACCGAGAGGAAGAAGCUCUGCGCACGUGCGGGACCACACAUGCUCAGCAGGAUGGCCGCCAGGUUCACACGUGUGCUUGAGUUGGACCUCUCUCAGUCGGUUUCCAGGUCCUUUUAUCCUGGCGUUACCGACGCUGAUCUUGCCGUUAUUGCGGAAGGGUUCAAGUGCUUAAAAGUGCUCCAUUUGCAGAAUUGUAAAGCUGUUACGGAUAGAGGAUUGGCAUCGAUUGGUACUGGUCUUUCUUCCCUCCAGUCCUUGGAUGUUUCAUAUUGCAGAAAGUUAACGGACAAGGGAUUGUUAGCUGUUGCUGAGGGCUGUCAUGAUCUGAGAAGCCUUCAUCUUGCUGGCUGCAGAUUUGUCACUGACGGAUUGUUACUAACUCUUUCUAGGAAUUGUGACAAUCUAGUAGAGUUGGGCUUGCAGGGAUGCACCAAAAUCACUGACUCUGGACUGGCUGAUCUUGUCAAUGGUUGUCAUCAUAUUAGGUUUUUAGACCUCAAUAAGUGCAGCAAUGUAGGGAACGUAGGGAUUUCCAAGGUUGCCCAGGCUUGUUUAUCUUCUCUGAAGACACUGAAGUUGUUGGACUGUUACAAAGUUGGAGAUGAGUCAAUAUUAAUCUUAGCCAAAUUUUGCAAAAAUCUUGAAACUCUUAUAAUUGGUGGUUGUCGUGACAUCUCUGAUGUGUCUGUAAAGUCAUUAGCUUCUGCAUGUAAAAAUAGUCUGAAGAAUUUGAGGAUGGAUUGGUGUCUAAACAUUUCUGACUCUUCAUUGAGCUGCAUCCUUACUCAAUGCAAAAACUUAGAGGCACUUGAUAUUGGAUGCUGUGAGGAGGUGACUGAUGCUGCUUUUCAGGAUUUGAGGAAUGACAAAACUGAGUUUAGGUUGAAGGUUUUGAAGGUCAGCAACUGUCCAAAGAUUACAGUUUUAGGAAUAGGCAUGCUUUUGAAUCAAUGCACUUCUUUGGAAUAUCUUGACGUUCGGUCCUGCCCUCAUGUAACUAAGGCAGGUUGCGAUGAAGCUGGAUUAACAUUCCCUGAAUGUUGUAAAGUGAAUUUCACAGGAAGUUUAAGUGAGCCGGAUGUCCUAGUUUAACCAACAUAUCUGACUCACUGAAGAUACUGCACCAACAUUUCAUAGCAGUCGACCAUGUUUCAAAGCUCAUGGGUGUACUACAGCAGGUGAGGGCUUUUCAACAUAUUCUUUCCGGUUCUUUGAUAUGUUCUGCAUAGAGCUUGGGGGUGGAGUAAGAUUUGGUGGUUUUAUUUGUUUAUUUCUCAGAUUUAUAUGUAUAUUUUGCAUGUAUAUUACUUUUCCCAUGUCUUCCAUGGAAUAUUUCUGUAAUUUGUUGGUAGAUCUCUUCAUUUAUCUGUAUCUUGUCAUGACAAUAAGAUUCUGUACCAGAUUUUCUCCAGUUGGUA